AUGAAGGGCAAGAAGAGCAUAUCCCCACUAUCACCUACUCUUGUAAAAUAUCUCCACCCUAGAGUAGGACCAAAAAUGGCAGAAGGGAUGACUCCGGAGGAGGCUUGGCGGGAUGUAAUCAAAGAUGUAGCUGUGGCCUCCCUCUCAAAUAAACCAUUAGACAUUUUUGCCGCUGCAAUAUGUCGACUAGCAGAGCUAGACGACAGUGGACGCCUUCAGAUUAUUGAUCGAUGUCUCACUAUAUGCCCCGUACCUGAAGCGCCUUCGAUCGAUAAAGCUGCUCAAAUAGAGGAACUGCUAUUAGAAAUGCUCGUACCAGAGAACACUUCAGAAUUGAGGGGAACAACUUCGGUGGAGAUAGAUUCGGAAUUUCUUAAGGUCAUGACGAAUGUUCUCGAACACUCACAUAAGGAUUGGAGCAGUUCACGCGAAUUCCUUCAGAGGUUCUUUAAUGAUUGUAAGACUAAAUAUAUUCCAGACCUGGAAAUCUUUUAUUUGUUUCCGAAAAUGCCAGAAAUGGCACGUAAUUUGAUAAUAGAACCAGCUGAGGCCAAGAAUUUGGAACGUUUAUUUGCCUGUUUACAGGAAGCAUGCGCUGUGAAGGGCCUACGACUCCGAGAACUAAUCAAGACAAAAAUAUCCGGUCGUGACUACGAAUGGUUUGAUAAACAAGCUAGUGCGAUAUUUCCAAAAGGUAUUCCUUCCGAUCCUGAACCCAACAAAGACUAUAUUCCUCCCACGAAAAUCGACACCUCUUUACCGUUUACCAAAGAGCGUCAUGGCCAAUUGAUGCGUUCCGGUCGAUUGAAGACGCAGCAACAACUCUUGCGGCCUCGUUGGCAUAAUCAACAACACAUAUUACUUCUGGCUCUGCGCAGACAUCCGCAACAUAUGAUGACAAGAAAUGAACUUAUCGAUGCUGCUUUACAGUUGGAUGAGAAAUGGAGCAGAGAGACUGGUUUGCCAAAAUGUUUUACUGGCUUGACCCCGCGCAAUUCAGCAAGUGCCUGUUUGACAACAAACGCUGACAAAUAUUUUGCAGCUAUUAAAGUGGAUAAUGUAACGACCUAUUACAAGCUAUCGUUCAAACCAAACGACCUUGACGAUGCAAUCGCUCGUUACAAGAAAUGGGUGAAGCAACUUCAAGAACAUGAUUGGCCGUUGUGUUUCGGUAGAAUUCUCAAGAGCAAGAAAGGUCAAGAUCUUGUAAAACACCAACGCAUUAUAAUGCUAAGUGUCGGUGCGAGCAAUCCUGCUCAUUUACGAUGCAGAUACUGUGGACCUGAAAAAGAUGGCUGUAGUAAGGAGUUACCAGCAUGCGCACGGUGCAGAGCCAAAGGACAAUUAUGUAUUUAUCCAUUACGUCCGGAUGUACACAAAGAGACAGAGCGACAAAAGCAAAAAUCAGAACUAAAUAGUUUCUUGUCCAAAAAAUCACAGAGUGACGGGAGAUCGGUGAAUUUAAGGGCAAAAAAAGUUUCUGAAGAAAAGAAGGUCAGGAAGAAUGGUAAUGGAUCAUCAUACGAAAUCGAGUUGCUUGAAAAUAUACAAGAAGGGAUGGAUUUGUCAAACGUGCCAAAAAAAUUAUGUGACGUGGUUGACGUUAGACCCUCAAGCAUCCCAAAUGCUGGUAAUGGGCUCUUUGCAAAACGGAACAUUCCCAUGGGAACGCCUCUCGGAUUCUACUUUGGCGUCCCAAUGAUGGAGGAUGAAUUUGAUCAGUACAAAGAUAAAGUAGGAAAAGCAUCCCACUAUUCAAUGAGAUAUCGUCAUACGAUUCUAGAUGCCACCAACGAUGCCGGUGAGCCGUUCACAGAUCCAAAUGGGAAAAUACAUUGUCCCUUUCAUUUUAUGAACGAAGAUCCCUUUGGUAACAUGGUAUUUCUGGAAGGAUACGAGGUGAACCAAGUCAUCUGUCUAACGAAAAGAGACAUUAGGAAAGGAGAAGAACUAUUUGUUUAUUACGGCCAUGAGGGCGACGUAGUGGUAGACGCGGAAAGAACGGUAAUAGCGAGCAUAGAGAACGAAUAUGGCUUCGUGGGACAAAAAGGAAAAGGGGAAAUAAUGGCGAGUCACGAGAGUUGA